CCGGACUCAAACUCUGCUCACUAGAAUGUGCAACCCAAGCUCGCCCAUGGCUCGUUCGGCUGCAUUAUAUAUUGCAGGAACUUUGGCAAAAGAUUCAUCAUCUCAACUUCGAUUUUCCACGAGCAGCUCCGCUUGUGAAGGCUCGAAGGUGCCUAGAGAUGCAAUAUGGGACCCCAACUUUUCUCUAGGAUUCCGAUCUAGACGUCCAUGAUUUGUACCGAGCCGAAUCAAUUCUCGGUAAUUUGGCUGUACCUUGCCGUCCGAGCGUUGCAAGCUGCGUGACAGAGCUGGAGAGUGGAGGCCGAAGCGGUUGGACAAGAUGGCAGGCUGCGUGGACGGUGAUCUGGGCGUCCUGACGGGGCUGCUGGCGGCAUCGGGGCUCAACAAUGCGAGCUCGAGCCAAGUGGGCGAGAUGCUGUGCUCGAAAUUCGACGGAGUGUCGGCCACCUUGUCGAGCCACACGCUGGCCGUGGACAGCAUCUACCUGCUGUUCUCCACGUACCUGGUCUUCCUAAAAAAAACCUAAAAGGAUUGGGUGAAGGAGCUGCAGAAGCAUGGGAGUCCUGGUAUAGUGAUGGCCCUGGUUGGCAACAAGGCAGAUCUAGAGGAGUCACGAGAGGUUGCUUCUGAGGUAAUUGUCUUUCUUCCUAGAGAUAUGCCAAGAGCCGAAUCUGUGUUAUGAUACAUUCCGUCCACACAUUUUUAUUUGCAGCGUUUACUGAAGAAAAGGGUUGUAGAUUGGAA